AAAAAAACCGUCUUCGAGAAGUUGUCGUCCUCACCUCGACGUCUCCGAAACGCCGGAACCGAACCGCCUCUGCUCUCCCCUCCAUUGCACUCUUCGAUGUUUUCUCUCUCCAUCUCCUACGUGUCCCCCUCUCUCGCCUCCACGUUCCUUCCCCCCGUGGCUCCACUUCAACGUCUCUCCUUCUCUCUCAUCCACCACCACCACCUCCUCCACCGCCACCAGGAACGCACGCCCGCAUUCCGUAUCCGGAACCGAUAGCAGACCCACUCGAGAUCUCUAGGACUCGUCCGAGGUCGUUUGCUUCAGCCAUGAGGGUGUACGUGUACGUGCUGGAGGCGAAGGGGUUGCCCGUGAGGGACUCGUACGUGAAGGUCCAGGUCGGGAAGCUCAAGUCCAAGACUAGGGUCGUGGAGCGCGCCGAGAACCCGCGGUGGAACGAGGAGUUCGUGUUCAGGGUGCACGACUGCGAGGAGGAGGUGGUCCUGUCCGUUUACCACCAUGAGGAUGGCCGCGGGGGGCUCUUCGGCUCGUCGGGGGAAUUGCUGGGUCGGGUCAAGAUUCCGGUUUGGUCCGUCGCCGACGAGGAGAACCGGAUAUUGCCGCCGACGUGGUUCGCCGUCGGGAAGCCUAAGGCGGGGAAGUUCAUACGAAAGGAUUGCGGGAAGAUACUUGUAUCGAUUUCCUUGCAUGGAAGUCUCCAGGACACGUCUUCCGACAGUCCACUCUUUCCCAGUUCAAAUAUCAACUCCAAUCAGGCUGAAGAAGAGAUGGCUUUAGCUAAAUCUCAAGCCCAGAAGAUACAAGAUGGGAAACAUUGGAUGAAGGCUAUCGCAAAUCGUUUGGAGAAAAUCUUUGCCAAACAUGAGGAUGUGUCAGAAACUUGUGCCUCAUCAGAAGUAUCUGGUACUCCAUCAGAUUAUGAGGAUUGUGUGGAAAAACAACAGUCUGAUUACAGCUUUGAAGAAGCUCUUUCAAUGAUGCAGUCAAGGGAUUGCCAAAGAGAAAUGCCUGAAGACCUUCAAGGAGGCAUUCUGUGUGAUCAGAUCUAUGUUGUACGACCAUAUGAUUUGAACAUUUUUCUCUUUGCACCAGACUCUAAGUUCAGGAGAGACCUGGCUAACCUGGAGGGAACGACAGAUUUAGAAGAGGAGCUGUGGACGUUGAAACAAGAAGAUCCGCCACUUUUAACACGAACUGUUACCUCUACUAAGGCUGCCACAAAGUUAGUGAAGGCUGUGAAAGCGACCGAGCAACAAUCUUACCUUAAAGCAGAUGGAAAACACUUUGCUAUCUUUGUAGAGGUAAGUACUCCCGAGGUUCCUUAUGGGAAUGCAUUCAAAGUGGAGUUGCUUUACAAGAUCAUGCCUGGACCAGAAGAAGGAUCAGGAGAAGAGUCUGCACGUCUAAUAAUCUCUUGGAGGGUGAAUUUCCACCAGAAAACCGUGAUGAGAGGUAUGAUCGAAGGAGGUGCUCGUCAAGGUCUAAAGGACAGUUUUUAUCAUUUUGAGAACUUACUGGCUCAAAGUUUUAGGACACUGGAUUCUGCAGAGUUGUCGGACAAAGGUCAGAUCAUUGCAUCCCUGGAAAAUGAACAGCAGUCAGAUUGGCAAUUGGCCAUCAAAUACUUCUGCAAUUUCACCAUGCUUUCCACCAUUUGUAUGGUUGUGUAUGUCAUUAUACACAUUCUACUUUGCAAGCCUAGUGAACCACGGGGUUUGGAAUUCCUAGGUAUUGAUUUGCCAGAUAGCCUUGGAGAGCUCAUUGCAUGCGGAAUAAUAACCAUUCAGGUGCAACGUGUUUUCUACAUGGCUUCACAUUUUGUGCAAGCCAGGUUGCAGAGAGGUAGCGACCAUGGCAUCAAAGCCCAAGGUGAUGGAUGGAUUCUUACUAUAGCUUUGAUAGAAGGGACGAACGUGGCAUCCUUGUCUUCAACCGGAUAUUCUGAUCCAUAUGUGGUUUUCACAUGCAAUGGUAGAACAAAGACGAGUUCUGUUAAGCUCCAAACUUGUGAUCCUCAAUGGAAUGAAAUAGUGGAGUUUGAUGCUAUGGAAGAACCGCCUUCAAUUUUAGAUGUGGAGGUUUUUGAUUUCGAUGGUCCAUUUGAUCAGGCCACUUCUCUAGGGCAUGCUGAGAUCAAUUUUUUGAAACAUACAUCCACUGAUCUUGCGGAUAUGUGGAUCUUCCUUGAGGGGAAGCUGGCUCAGUCUGCUCAGUCGAAGUUGCACCUGAGAAUCUUUUUGGACAACAACAAUGGAGUGGAAACAAUUAAGGAGUAUCUAACAAAGAUGGAGAAGGAAGUGGGAAAGAAGUUGAGUAUGAGGUCACCUCACAGAAAUUCUACAUUCCAGAAACUGUUCAAGUUGCCACCGGACGAGUUUCUCAUCAGUGAUUUUGCCUGUUCGCUCAAGAGAAAAUUGCCUUUACAGGGCCGCCUUUUCCUAUCUUCAAGAAUUGUCGGGUUUUACGCCAAUUUGUUUGGUCAUAAAACCAGGUUUUUCUUCCUUUGGGAAGACAUUGAAGAUAUUCAAGAGCUUCCACCCUCAUUCAUUUCUGUGGGUAGUCCAUCCCUUGUCAUCAUUUUGCGUAAGGGUCGAGGUAUGGAUGCAAUGCACGGCGCAAAGUCUCAAGAUGAAGAAGGCAGGCUUAGGUUCCAUUUUCAAUCAUUUGUUUCGUUUAAUUCAGCAAGCAGGACAAUUGUGGCCCUGUGGAGGACCCGAGCUCUGAUGCCUGAGCAGACAGAGCAGAUUGCCAAAGAGCAGUAUGAUCAAGAAAACACCACUGUGUUGGUUGAUGAAGCGACCAUUCUGGAUAAAAAAGAUGCAGACAUGUCCAUAAUCUACUCUGCCGAACUCCCUAUUGAGAUAAGCUCCUUGAUGGAACUCUUUGGUGGAGGGAAGAAGGAGCAUCAAAUCAUGGAAAAAUCCGGUUGCCUUAAUUAUUCAGCUACUGAAUGGGAACAUGUGAAGCCUGGUACCUUUGAGCGCUCGGUCUCAUACAAAUUCAAUCGCCACAUUUCGAUAUUUGGAGGGGAAGUCACCAUCACGCAGCAGAAAGUUUCUACUGAUGAUGGGUGGACAGUCGAUGAGGUCAUGGCCCUCCACAAUAUCCCAUUUGAAGAGUAUUAUCGAGUGCAGUUAAAAUAUAAGAUCGAGAAAUCGGGCCAAAAUCACAGCUCCUGCAAGUGCGACGUCUAUAUUCACAUCAUCUGGCUCAAAAGCACCAAGUUCCAGCACAGGAUUACUCGCAACAUAACCAGUAAAUUGUCCCAGAGAUUAAAGGACAUUUUUGAGCUAGUAGAGAGACUCUCUUAGCGACACGUCUUCUUAAGUCUCAGGUACCCCGACUCUUAAAAUUAUCACUGUAUCAACAAGUCAAUGAAAAUUAUCACUGUAUCAACAAGUCAAUGAGAGAUAUCACACGUGUUGUUGUAGUCCUGUUUCUUCUUUGUUGAUUGAAUAGGAAGACAAUUUUUUUUUUCCUCAGUGAUUGGCUGUUAAGUGUGACAGAAUGAACCGAAACUGCUGACUGCAUCAUGCUCUAACUCGGCAUGUUGCGA